GCGGCCUCUUAAAAGACGCCCCCCCCACCCCACCCACUGGUUGGCUUUCAGCGAAGUGGGGAGGGGAGGAGAGGAGGAGGAGGGGGCGUGCCGCAGAUUGGUUUCGCCAGCCAAUCGGGGUGCCCCAUUCCCUUUUGACGUCACAAUCCCUAGAACCUGCAGCAGCGACAACAAUAACAAUAGCAGGCGGGGAUAGAUUCCCGGAGCCGAGCGGCCGAGCGGGAGCCUUGAGCUGAACCAGCCUUCAAAACAACCCGUCGCGUGUCCGGCGGUAGCACUCGCUGCUGGUCGGAGCCGGAGAGGAACAACCCAGGCAGCAACUCAGGAGAGACCCCGAAAUAGAAACGCCUCUGUCCCGCCAGCGAUGGCCUCGGGCGAGCCCUCGGGGGUGCAAGAAGAGAAUCUGCAGGGUUCCUGGGUAGAACUGCACUUUAGCAGCAAUGGGAACGGUAACAGUAGCCAGCCGGCCAGCCAGGAACAAGUUCCUGCUUCAGUUUCUAUUUAUAAUGGUGACAUGGAGAAAAUCCUUCUAGAUGCCCAGCACGAGUCUGGAAGAAGUAGCUCGCGAGAGAGCUCUCACUGCGACAGCCCACCACGUUCCCAGACACCUCAGGAUGUUCACAGAACUGCAGAAGUGGAGAGUCGUGCCAGCGGAGAAAAGAAUAGUUCUCAGUCUGAAGAAGAUGUUCUGGAAAGAAGGAAAGAAGUUGAACGGCUUCUGAAGAAAAAUUCAGAUUGGAUGUGGGACUGGUCGAGUAGGCCUGAGAAUAUUCCCCCCAAGGAAUUUCUCUUUAAACACCCUAAGCGCGCAGGUACACUCAGCAUGAGAAACACAAGUGUCAUGAAGAAGGGAGGCAUAUUUUCUGCAGAAUUCUUGAAGAUUUUCUUGCCAUCUCUGUUGCUCUCCCAUCUGCUUGCCAUUGGACUAGGGAUUUAUAUUGGAAAACGGUUGACAAUCACAGCUUCCAGCAGCUCCUUGUAAAAAGAAAUGAAUUCAUCUCUUUUGCAGUUCAUGACAAACUUCAUCCUGGCAUAAUAAAGUGGUGAACCGAACAGAAGAAACUUCCAAAUGUAUAAUCAUAAUAUGGCAAUAUAUGUUUCAUUGCGUAAAGGGCUCUUGCAAAAGGAAAGGAAGAAUACCCAACUACCCAACUUCUCUCAUAUAUAAAUUCCUAUUUGCACGAUUUAAUAUAGCGUAGCUUAGAUCAGGAGUGGGGAACCAGAACUUCCAGGAAGCUCCAACUUUUGGGCCAGUAGCAAAGGAUAUUGGGAGAUGUUGUUCAGCAUGUGCAGUGGCCCACAUUUCAUUAUCCCUGCUUGAAGAUUUUUCUUUGUUGCUAUUGUUUCAAGAAUGAACAGUGUAGCAAAAAACCAAAACAAAUCAAAAAUAUUCUGUGAACUGUGAACAUCUGGGAAGGAAUUAAUGUACGGUUUGUUUUUGUCCAAUUGUGAAAAAGACCACUGUAUUUUUUUUUUAAAAAGAAAGCUAUGGUCAACAAAAGUAGAAUGGCCUUAACAUUUCUUAAGAGUACAUUUUUGCUACUGAGACGCUUUGAAAUAUAAACAUGAAUCAGUGCAGAGUGUUUUCAUAUGUGUAUGUCUUAAUAUGUCUGUUUCCAAAGAAAGUUUGUAUGCAGCUGUUGGGACAGUGGUUUAGUAAUACAUAAUCUGAUUUUUCUCAAAGUCAGCCCAAAAUUGUGUGGUUAGAAAACUUGUUAAGAAAAAAAGGCCCGAGGAAUUUCUUCCAAGAAAUUCCUUGUGGGAAAAUAGCAUUUGCCAUUCCAUUUUCCCCUCUUGGCUGAUGAACAGAAAUCUCUCAUCUUGCAAGGCAUUGCUUAAUGUCCUAAGUCAUCACCAAAGAGUCGUAGUGGGGUAGCUGGAUCUGCCUUUUUAAUCACAAAUGCUGUAGCUGUUAGCCAUUGGUCUGGUCUGUGUGAAUACAUAGGAAUUUACUCAGGGUGAAUGAUGGCAGUUACCGAAGAAAUAGCCGUUUGUCAGGUGCUGCUUUGCCGUCUUUUCUUUUCCAUGUUGGUUUUUUUUCUCUUUCUGCUGUAGAUGCGCUCUUUUGCAGGAGCUGGGCAUAGAGAGAAAGCAUUUUUUUCCCUCUUUGCACAUUGUUGUGUUUUUAUUCUAGAUGUGCAGCAGGCCAGAUCCCUGUUACACAUAGAAUGGAAACACAACAAGUAUAAUGACAAGGCCUAGAUGUCUGACGUUAUCCACGCAUUCUUUCCACAUGUUCAACAUUAAAUCAUAGUAUCUGGCAGAAAAGUUAAGGAAGGUUCAUUUCUGGUUUGAAAAAUGUCUUCUAUGAUUUCCAUGUUCUAUUCGUAAGGGGGGUUUACAAAAUAUGAGUUGUGGCCUGGCUCAGCCAGGCUUCCCCAUUCCUUGAAGGCUACAAAAAUUGAGGACUAAAUGAACAGGGCCUGUGCUAGGUUCUGGACAUUGUUUCGAUAAUCCCUAAAAGAAAAUGAUAUUUUAAGGGAGAAUAUCCUUACGCUGAAAGCUAUGAGCAAAGGCCACAAUUAAACCUGCAAGCUCAGCUUUGAGCUGGCAUAGUUUUAAGGCCUCUCGUUAUACAUUUUAGUUGCUUGGCUUCUAGCCUAGUAAGACUUGAGAUUUACUCGUACAUAAACGAAAGCAAUGCAUUGUAGCCUCUGUUACUUUUAUUUAAAGGUCUUAUUGUUCAUCAGUUAUAAUAAAGGAUGAAAAUUCGCUUAGGAUUUAACACGAUGUAUAAACCAGACAGUACAACUUGUUCAAUAAAGUGUCAUUUAAAAAAAAAUUGCCUUAGCUUUAUGUGUGAAGGCAGCCUCUGGGUUACAGAACACAUAGCAUUGGAAAAAGGCGGGCUUGAUUAAGUACUUUCAUAGCUAGUCUCUCAAGAGGGCUUAAUUUAAACCUUCCUGUAGCAAAGUAUGGGAGGGGGUAGAAUAUCAGUUAAAAAGUCAAGAUGGCAGCUGCUUUGCUACCCAUGAAAACAAAGUCCGACCCCCUUUUUAUCUGUGCUGGGUUAAGGAGGUGGGAUUUCAGUCAUGCAAUGGCAGCUGCUGUAUUUAUUUUUGACUCCCUGAAUAUUCUGCCAUUAUAAACUCCCUAAUUAAAGUUUGUUUUGCUCUUUUUUGGGGAGGGGGGGGGGGUGAGGGGCGCAGGAUGCCUGGAAGAGGCAUGAUUAGGAUCUACAUACAUUGUGUUUCUGUAGUAUCGGUGUAAUUUUUUUUCUUACCCCAAUUUUGAUCUUAUUUGGCAUGUGAUUUAUUUUAUGCUUGAGUUAGAACUAGAAUAAAUAACUCAUACUGUGCCCCUCAGAUCAUCAUCCUAUUGCAAUGCUUCUCAACUUUGGCAAUGUUAAAUGUGUGUACUUCAGUUUCCAGAAUGCAUGGCUGGCUGGGGAAUUCUGGGAAAUGAAGUCCACACUUUUCACAAGCUUGCAUCAUUUGCAGUAAAUGCUAUUUGAUCAACUGGAUAACUUGGCUUUAUUUUGCCGUUAAUAUAGCUGCUAUACAUUUAUACAGGUGGAAGCACCACAGGUUUUAUAGGGCUUGUCUUGAACAGAUUCUUUAUUCACUUUGAUUGGAAGAAAAGACACAUAGACUCAAAUUGGUAGGAGCUGUGUAGAUGGGUUGACUUAACGGGUUCAGAGACCUGUUGGUUAUUUUUAAGAUCGUAGUUUAGUAGACCAUUAUCUUGGUGAUUGCAAAUUAAAUAAAUAUACCAUCAUCUGGAGAGAGAAACUUGGUUCUUGUUAAUCUUCAUUUACUGGAAGCCAUCAUAGACAUAUGAAAUGGGGAUUUGUCUUGAUCUAGUAAACUAGCCAAUAUUAUUUAAAAAUUGCUUGUUCUUCAAUUAGCUAAUGUGUGAUCACAUUUGUACUGCGAUUUAUAACUUUUUUUUAAUGAAUCAAAGCGUGUACAAUAGUUGUAUGACAAUGUCACUACUGACUAUCAUGUCAGAUAAAUGGUGAGCGUGUAAAAUUGUUAUUUUCCAGCUUUUUAUCAAAUCAGUAAGCUGUGAAAUAGUGCAUCAAAUGUCCAUGUUUUUGUUGCUAUUGUGCUCAAACAAUAAAGGGAGUGAGUAAACUUA